AUGCAGACCUUGUGGUCCCGCGCUGCGCAGGCGCAAUCAGCCUGUCGCUGCAGGUUGUGCCUCCAUUCGACCAAUGCCGUAGCUCGGCGGUCGACCACCGCAGCUUCGCGUCGAAGAGUGACUGCUGCCGACCUCUUCACGGCCUGCUACACGACAAUCCUGGGCACUGCGGUGGUAGUCGACACGAGGCAGAAGGAAGUGCGGAGAAAGGAGCUGGACGCGAAGCUGGACAAAGCUCGAGCGUCGUUGAGCGCUUUGGCGAUACAGCAGGCACCGAGUGGUUUGGACGACACCAACUCGGACUUACCUCAAGAUGGCGCGAACGAACGCGGCGGUUACGAAUCCAACAGGAGAACAUCCGGAACAAAGAGCACGGCCUCUCUCAUGGAUGAAUUGGAACAGAUGGCCGGCGCAGCAUUACGUCCCGGCGCUCAUCAGCCCUGGCCACGAUACCGAGUAGACUGGGUUCAGGUCGAAGCGGCCAUUGCAACGGAGGAGAAGGCUCUUUAUUUCCCUAUGCGACACCCCAAAGAUCCAGAUCAAAUGAAAAGGACGACAGCAACUAUGGAGGCGUUGGUGCAAAGCCUCAUAUGGCGCGUGCGAGCGGACCAUUCUGGCCAAACUUCAUCAGGAGAUCGGGUUCUUAGCGAAGCUGAAGACCUUCUACGGACGUACCCAAUGUAUGAGAACCCGAAUGCGGACCCGGCGUCGUCUUCAUCUGGCCGAAAUCUUUUGAGCAGGACGUUUCGCCAGAUUCUGGAUGGCCCUGCAGACAUCAAGGAGGCAGUUGGCAAGAUAUGUUGCAACAUAUUGAUUUCGGAAUCUGCCCCCAACAUCCACAACUACAACACCCUCAUUGCUGGUUUCAACCGCAUUCAACGGCCUGAUCUGGCAGAAGUCGUGGUCAAGUCAUACCUCGAAGAUACCACGUGGCCUGCAACCCGGCAGACCAUAUGUUGCCUUCUACAACACACAGCAGACGCUGGUGACCAUCGUUUCUUUCGCCACAUCGUGCGUCGCAUGAGAGGUGCAGGUGAGGAUGGGUUGCACUACCGCUUACUCAGCAAACCGGCAAUAUUCACCCCAUCUAGGGCUGAGUGGGCUCGUGCGAGAGCUACCCCUCGCAAACAUACGUAUGUGCAGAGGGCGUACCGUGAUGACCCAGUAUUUAAUACUCUCAUCCGUAGCUGGCUGCAGCUUGGCAAGCUCACUCAUGCUAGCGCGGCCUUCAUUGCGUGCCUUCGCGAAGGAAGAACUGUUUCCCUCAACGUGACAUACCAGCUUUUGGAAUCUUGCCUCGCUACUCUUGAUAGGAGUGCCGCACGUGCAAUUCUCAAGGGGCUGAUGAACCACUACGAGCAAUGCGAGGCAUUGAUGAAUCAAAUUGUUAUCCAGGCGUCCGCCCCAGUGGUAAGGAAGAUAGCCGACAUGUUCUGCCAUCUCCUUGAUCUGUGCGGUCAAGCGUUCGGCGGUCAAGCAUUCACCGAGCAAGUCACGACGCUGACUGAACAGCUGCAAAUUCUCCAGAGCGAGCCUGGGGAAAGCGUCACUACGAAGAGGGCAAGUCGCACCCCAAGUUACAAUUCGAGAAAAGUUUCAAACAGAAAAGUUCACGCCAAGGAGGUCCAGAAAUCUCAGGCUUCAGGUGACUUUCGGGCGCUGUUCAAGAUAGCUGGGCUGUACAAAAAGUGGCAAACACUAGAGGCGAGAAUGGCGAGAAUAGAUGCCCAUGCAAAAAAUCUGGCUCUGACGAUCAGAACUGGGCACGACCUCGACCACGAAGCUUGGCUACCUCCUAUUGAUUGGCACAAAGAGGACAAGGCAUAUCCUGCUGUAUUUCAUGCCUUGCAGUCGGUAGUUGUCAGUCGAGACAUGACAUUGCACGAUGUACGAGCACAGUUAUUGCACGGAAUGCCCGACCAAAACCUGGCCGAGAAGUUCCUGAGAUUUGCUCAAUGGGAAAACCUGAGCAUAGACUCACUGAUUGGGUUCUAUCACCGUGGACAAAAUAUGUUCGCGGCACCGCAGACCACGGCCUCAAGCUCCAGCACAGCGGAUUGUGAGGUCCCGGUGGCUGAUGUCGCAGCGGAGGAGGUUACAAAAGCUAUGUUGUUCUGCCAGCUUCCGAAGGCCCGACAGGAUACACUGAGACAGGCUUACCGGAACUGGUACGAAAUGCCCCUGGGGGACUUGUAUGACCCCGAGAUGAAGGGCGAGAACGAGGCGUCUGCUGUGGAAGACUGCGUUCUAGCAGCUACAACCCCGGCUGCGCCAUCCGGGGUCUACGAGAACUCACCGCCCCCUGGAUAUGUAGAUACAUCAACAACUGGUGCGAAAUCGGCCAGAAGCGUCUUGUCUGAUCCAAGACCGGAAGUAUUAUUAGAGGAACCAGUGGCCACGCCGCCACGACAGGCUGCUUUCGCAUCCUGA